CAGUUCCGCAUUGUGGUUAUUAUGCAGUCAUUCACAGCCAAUACGAGAUCGAUCGACUAGAGCAGAGGAACAAAUUGUUUGUCUAUUUGAAAAGUUAGCUGUCAUAAACACAAAUUAUUACGAUACCGUUUAGCUCAGUUGAAGUGAUGAUCAGGUUGUGAGUUAGUGAUGGAGAACAUUGAUGAGACACGGUUUCUUAUCACCCGUACCGUCCAAGCUCUGGGCUCCGCUCUACGGAGAGAGCCUGAAAAUGUUCCCGAUGCUAAUGGUCUGGGUAGCGGUGACAGGAUCUCGAGUGAGCCGGAGAAGCUUUGGUUCAAAGAAAGCAGCGCUAAGAAUCUCCAAAACAGGGACUUCUUGUCACCCACUACGGUGCUGAAUACGCUUUAUGCAGACGGACAGGUUCCCCCAGCAGUGAUGGGUAGAGUGCUGUCCCUGAGAGGGAGUGGGGUUCUCCCUGUGGCUGGGGGGGAGGUCAUGGGAGAGGGGCUGAGGGUGCGGGUCAACCGGACUGCUGCGUUUCAGAAGGUCCUGAGUGGAGUGUCGGCGUACCUGAAGCCUCCUAGCCAGAGACAGGGGUGUGUGGUGCUCAACUGCCCCGCCCUGCACCCCAAACCGAAUUUACCCUCCCCCGACACACUCACGCUGGGGCAACUACGCACCGUGCUGCUGACUGACCACUUUGGGGCACUACUGAGGAGACAGGGGUUUACUGUGUCCUGCUGCCCUGUGCUGCCAGAAGAUAGCGACAUUAUCGUCUUCCUCCGAAUACUUGGUGUCGAUUGGCCGUCAGUGCCGGUCAGCUGGACCAAUGACGAGAGGGAGGAGAAGAUGUUGGAGGCUUUACAAAAUUCCCCGUACAAAGAAAGCGAGGAGACAGAUGGAGGAAGGAGAGAGAGUGAAGGAAAGAAGAUGGAGGGGGAGAAGGAGUGGGGGAUGCUCAGGGUGAACUUGAAGAGGGUGUUUCAGGAGGAGCAACUGCCAGGGUAUGACCCCAGCCUGGGCACCUGUACAGUGCAAAGAGACAGUGUGUCUCAUCUGGCCCAACUGGACAGGGCUACUGCAGACUGCACAGUAUCCACGGCAACCGUGGUACAUGUCACUUCCUGUCAGGAUGAGUUCCGUCAGCAGCAGAUAGCGAUGCUAUGGAGAGCCAGCGGUGCAACAGUGACACAGAGGUAUCUAGUUUGUGGACCAGUGAAGACUCCUGGAACUCACCUCAGUGCGGCCCAGUAUCUUCAACUGAGAAGAGUGCAGAUGAAGGAAGCCUCAGAGAUGAAGUACGGAGAACAAGUCGAAGGCCAUACUUGGGAUGACAUCAUCAAGGUCAUGACCUCAGCCACGGUGAGGUUUGAGCUGCUCUCAACGGUCCAUAUGAGCCCGGUCACUCUGGACGUGCAGAGGGAAGGCAGUGUGUCCACCAAAGGCCCCAGAGGCGGAGUCUUCGUCAUGUACAACUGUGCUCGGCUGCACACCCUCUUUGACAGUUACGAGCGAGGCGUGGAGAAGGGACUUUACCCUGAAAUCCCAGAGGGCUCCCAGUUGGACUUCUCAGCUUUAAAAGAAGAGGGGGAGUGGCUUCUUCUGUUCAAUUACCUCAUUCCAUUCUCUGAGCUUCUCGACCAAUCAGGACAGACGUUGGAGUGUGAUGGAGGAGGGGCCAGAGUCAACCUGAAGACUGAACAGAUCUGCAAGUUCUUGGUGUCCCUCAGUAAGGAUUUUAGCUCCUAUUACAACAGAGUCCACGUCCUUGGGGAGCCAUUGCCUCACCUCUUCAAUCAGAUGUUCUGUCGGCUGCAGUUGUUGAGAGCACUGAGAGAGCUCUACCAUGGCGCGCUGGAUACUCUUCACCUUCCUCCCAUCCAGCAGCUAUAGCCACAAAUACCCCAACUGUAGCGCCAGAUAUAGCCCCUACAAAUGCCCCCAAAUACCCCAACUGUAGCGCCAGAUAUAGCCCCUACAAAUGCCCCCAAAUACCCCAACUGUAGCGCCAGAUAUAGCCCCUACAAAUGCCCCCAAAUACCCCAACUGUAGCGCCAGAUAUAGCCCCUACAAAUGCCCCCAAAUACCCCAACUGUAGCGCCAGAUAUAGCCCCUACAAAUGCCCCCAAAUACCCCAACUGUAGCGCCAGAUAUAGCCCCUACAAAUGCCCCCAAAUACCCCCAACUGUAGCGCCAGAUAUAGCCCCUACAAAUGCCCCCAAAUAUCCCAACUGUAGCGCCAGAUAUAGCCCCUACAAAUGCCCCCAAAUACCCCAACUGUAGCGCCAGAUAUAGCCCCUACAAAUGCCCCCAAAUAACCCAACUGUAGCGCCAGAUAUAGCCCCUACAAAUGCCACCAAAUACUCCAACUAUAGCCCCAUGAACUGCCCCAAAUAUAAGGCCCAAUAACUGCCGUAACUUAUCACUAGCCUAUCCCCUACAUGAAAUACACAUAUAAAUGUCACUUUUACUGCCCAAAGGUAGUACUGUACUGUAGCUAGCAAUAGGCUUUUAUCCCCCCCCACCCCACACACACACACACAAUUUAAACCCUGUGUAGUCCUCACAUACUUAUGUAUAUGUGACAUACACCCUGUGUUGUACCCACUCUAUUUAUUGUUGAUCAAAUAAACCGUAUAGAUCAUUUGCACCCCUUUGUGAAGUCUUGGUCUCCCCAGACGUAUCACCAGUAUCUCUGUGAUGUACCACAGAUACAGCCCCUACCAUAGACACUCACUGCCUUUUAACCAAUGAACAUCUACCCAUCUUCAGUCUUCCCUUAUAUGAUACCAUAGACACUAUUCCACUAACAAACAAUACCCUAGAGCCAUAGAUACAGUAUUUACACAGACUCUGCAUGUACACUGUAAGCACUGCCCCGCCCUCAUCACUAGAUAUUGCUCCUGGCCACCAUGAGCCUUUUACAUUCCCCUUCUCCCUUCCCCUCCUACUUGAAUAAUACAAAUGAUAUAUAUUUCACUGGAACUGGCUGUGUCAGUAUUAUACAUAUAGUGCAGCUGUACAGUAUAUGGAAUGAUAUAUGUGCCAUGGACCAAACCACCACCACCACAGUACUUCUCCUGUGCCAAAGUACUAUACUGUACUGUCCCAGAUCCCAGUUCACCAUUGUCACUCUGUGCCAUAUCUUGGACUAUUAGUAUUGUGUACGUUUGUGUGUUGAUCGUGACCCAAGCUUCACACACACAGACUCUCACUCUCUCUCCCACAAUGUUUUUGUCAACGGUGCAUCGGGUCAAUAUAUUUUCAACUUGGAUCAAUAAAUGAGUGUUGACCUCA